AUGGAGCUUUUCAACUCAGCUCUAGGAAAGAACAUCACCUUUGUACGUCCUGCAUAUUUCAUAAUAACUGGAUUUAUUGGCAUACCUAAUAUAAAGUAUUACUAUGUGUUUCUCUGUUUUGUUUAUAUAAUUGCAGUGCUGGGAAACACAAUUGUGAUGGCUGUAAUAGUCUUGGAUCAUAAUCUAAAGACUCCAAAAUAUGUUGCAGUUUUUAACCUGGCGUUUGUGGACUUGUUUGGUAGCUCUGCCUUGGUCCCGAAGGUUCUUGACAUCUUUCUGUUUAACCACUACCACGUUCCCUACUACGACUGCUUGGUAAUGCUUUUUUUCUGCUACACCUGCCUUUCAAUGCAGUCUCUUAAUCUGGUUAUACUUUGCUAUGACAGACUAAUGGCUAUCACUUACCCACUACACUAUCAAAUGAGGAUAACCAACAGGUUCAUGUUAAAUUUAAUUGCCUUUGCCUGGGUCUUUGCCAUUAUUGCUGUAUUAAUUACUGUUGGUCUUCUUACAAGGCUUUCCUUCUGUAGGUCUGUGGUUGUUAAAAGCUAUUUCUGUGACCAUGGUCAGAUAUACAAACUUGCCUGCAAUGACAAAACUCCCAACAUGGUCAUAGAAGGUUUGCUUCCAUGUCUUCUUCUUUGGCUGCCACUGGCAUUUAUUGUGUUAAGUUAUUCAUUCAUUGGACAUGCACUGUCUAAAAUAGCCACAAAAAAUGAACGAGUGAAAGCCUUUAAAACCUGCACAGCUCAUCUUUCAUUAGUGGCACUCUAUUUCCUGCCAAUACUAGUCACAUUUACUAUGAGUUCAAGAAUAAAUUUAAAUGCCAGGAUCAUAAAUCUGUCAAUGGCCUCUGUCUUUCCUCCUGUGUUAAAUCCAAUUAUUUAUGUUCUGCAAACGCAAGAAAUCAAAGAAUCGAUAAAAAAAAUAUUAAAAAUCAGAGGUCAAUUCAAAAUUAUAGUGUAG